GCGUCCCCGUCCGUGGCGAUGGCGGAGGGGCCUGCGCCGAACUGCCGGGUCUUCCUCAACCACCUCGACUCCUACUGCGGCCGCAACAUCGGCGAGUAUUUAUCCAGAUGUGUUGUUGGGGCAUCACUUGAAAGCAUAGAAGAGGAGGAGGAAGAUGAAAGUAAUUCAGCUGCUGAAAUUUCUAGUAAGCCAAAGGAUGGAGUCUACCAAGUAGUGGGUACCCUUUCCAAACCAGAGAGUACUAAACCACAUUUUGCAGAGGAAACAUAUGCAGUCUCUUCUCAAGAAGAGCUCCUAAGUCACUUGCUUGAGUGUAAGAUUGUUUUAUAUAAUAUCACUGAGGAUGCAAAUCAAAUUGAGGAAGCAACAUGGGCUGCUUCUGCCCUACAUACCGAAAUAGAAAAUUUUGCAACACCAAAGUUAUUCAUCCUCAUUUCAACAAUAAUGAGCUGGGCAAAAAGCAAACCCCCUGACCCUGAAGAUCCCGAGAUUCCUUUUACUGAUGAAGAUUAUCGCAGAAGAAAAUCUCAUCCUAACUUUAUAGAUCACAUAAAUGCUGAAAAACUCAUUCUCAAACUUGGGAAAACUAACAAACAAAAAUUUUCAACUUAUGUUGUUGCCUCAGGACACCAAUAUGGAGCUGGGGAAGGACUCUUGCACUACUUUUUUAAGAUAGGUUGGCUUAAUGAGACUCCUGCAAUACCUGUUUUUGGAGAUGGAAACAAUUUUAUACCAACUAUUCAUAUUCUUGAUUUAGCAGCAGUGUUACAAAAUAUAGCAGACCACAGGCCACACUCUCGCUAUAUACUUGCAGUUGAUUCAUCUAUGCACACUCUUCAAGAAUUAAUAAAGUGUAUCAGUAAAAAUGUUGGGCCAGGAAAAAUUGAGAAGAUUCCAAAAGAAAAUGCAUUCCUGAGCAAAGAGUUAACACAAAUGCAUUUGGAUAUGUUGCUUGUGAACCUGCGAAUGGAAUCUAUGCUUCUGAAAGAGAUUUUCAACAUUAAGUGGGUUGCUCUGGCAGGACUGGUGGAGAACAUUGAACGAAUCGUCAAGGAAUACAAGCAAAGUCGAGGAUUACUGCCUCUCAAAGUUUGCAUUCAUGGUCCUCCUGGGGUUGGCAAAACUACCAUUGCUGAAGAACUCUGCAAACACUACAAACUACAUCACAUUAAGAUAAAAGAUGUGAUUUCUGAAACAAUAGCAAAUCUGGAGAAAAUCGUGGUGUCUAAAGACAGUGUGGGAGAAGAGGGAGAAGAUGAUGAAGAGGAGAAGGAGGGUAAAGAUGCAGAAGCAGCACAAGAGUUACUAGAUGAGAUAAAAGAAAACAUGGAGCAGAAUUCAGGUCGUCUAGAUGAUCAGUAUGUUAUAAAAUUUGUGAAGGACAAGCUUAAAUCUAUGCCUUGUAGUAAUCAGGGAUAUGUUUUAGAUGGGUUUCCAGAGACCUAUGACCAAGCAAAAGAUCUCUUUAAUUUGGAAAGUGAAGAUGAAGAAGAAGAAAUUAAAAGCAAAAUACCUAAAUUUAAUAAAUUAAUCACACCUGAAUUCGUUAUUUCUUUGACUGCAUCUGAUCAGUUCCUUAUAAACAGAAUAAUAAAUCUGCCAGAGAGUGUUGUGGCUGGAACUCAUUAUACCCAGGACCGGUUCCUGCAAUCCCUGAACCUCUUCCGAGAGUUAAACACAGAAGAUGAGACUGUUCUCAACUAUUUUGACGAACUUGAAAUACAUCCUCAGUUUAUUGAUGUAGCCAAAUUUGAAGAUCCUGAGAACCGAUUUAUUGUAAAAGAGAUCAUCAAAGAAAUUGGGGAACCUCGGAAUUAUGGUUUGACAGAUGAAGAAAAGGAGAUUUUGGAACGCAAAGCAGCUGAGGAACACCUUGUCAAAGAAGCUCAAGAAAAAGCAGAACAAGAGCGUAGAGAAGCUGAGGAAAGGGCUGAAAGGAUGGCAAUUUGGGAAGAGUGGAAUAAAAACAUGGAGGAAGUGAAAAGACAAGAACAAGAGUUACUGGAAGCCCAGUCCAUUCCACUACGAAACUAUUUAAUGCAGAAUGUCAUGCCAACACUUAUGCAAGGGAUAAAUGAAUGCUGUAGGAUCAGGCCAGAUGAUCCAGUCGAUUUUCUGGCAGAAUAUCUCUUCAAGCACAGUCCUGGUAUCGAAUGAGAGAGACAUUAAAUCCUAACAGCUAUCAAAAGUGUGAAGUAGAAAGGGAGAAAAAAUUUUAACGCAUUUUUAAAAAAAUAUUUAGUUUCUGAAACUAUUUUUAUUUAGGCUUAUUAUGUAAUCUCUGUUUUUAUUUCUCAUACUUUAUUACUAUGUUAUAUUGGAUUUUGAAUAUUCCUUCUACAAAAGUCCCGUUUACUACACAUAUUAAUACAUUUACAUAUCUGUAUUUCAUGUCUCUUUGAAACAGUGAACUGUAAGAAUCUGUUUUCUAGCCAAAAACUUUCUUCUUGCAUUUUUUUCAGUUAUACAUUCUAUUUAAGCAAUAAAUAGACUCAAAUUGUCCUAAUCCUUAGUGGAGGUAGGCACCUAGCCUGAAGAAAAACUUUUUAUAAAAAAAACGUAGUUUUGCUGAAAAUGGAAAUAAAGAGAAGCAGCAAGGUCUGUUAUUUCCCCCCCACAGCUACCAUGAGACAAGUGACGCAACAUAGUCUUCUUUUGCUGUACUGAGACUGACUGAUAAACAGUUUCCCCACAUA